GCCAAGUAUUUUUCUAAUGCUGUGCAGGCAAGUAUUUCUCCUUGCUGUCCUCACGGCUGCUCGGCUAUGCGACGACUGCUCUCAUCGCCACUGAUCUUAUCGCCACGUGUCGUCGCCUUGCCCUCGCAUUGUUUGACUCCAUUCGUCUCCAUGCCAGUUCAGACGCGAUCGUCUCGUCGCCGCUCCUCACCUCCGCGAUCCCCGCAGCCGCCAUGUGUUCCGCCGCAGAAGCCGCUCGCUGCAGCACAAUUAGCCAUCCCACUCGCUCGUCGCGCUUCACCCGAAGCCAAUCUUCGCACUCCGCCUUCCGCUCCCCGUGAAUCACGCUUGUCGAUACCAUCGUCAACUUGCUCCGCUCGCAGCGCGCCCAGCAGCAGGCGCAGGGGCUCCGCCCGGCCGCUGGCUCCUAUUAGCGACAUCGAGGACUUAGGAGGGAAGGUGUCACGUGGCGUGGAGGGAGACAUGGAUGGCAAGGAGGGAGGGGGGCUGGAGGGAGAGGAGGCGGAGCAGGUCAGUAGCGAGGAGGGGAGGUCCGACGAGAGCGACGAGGGCGUUAGAGAGAAAGGAGCGGCGCGACGAAGGGGACUGGCAGCAGGUGGCGCCUCGAGGAGGACCAAGGCGAAGAGAUUAAAGGCCGAUGCAGGCAAGGGGACGGGGAGGCAGCCAUGGAAGGAGGCGUUGGAGAUGAAGUACGGGUUCAGCGACGAGGAGGUGGUCGCCGCGCGGUCCGCGCUGCUGGAGUGGUACGACGCCAACCGCCGCGACCUGCCGUGGCGCGCGCCGGCAGGGAGUGAGGUUGGAGGCGAGGGGGACGAGGCAGUGGGAGGCGGCAGGGGGGAGGCGGAGGAAGGAGCGGAAGGGGAGGAGGGGCAGGAGGCAGCGGAGGGGGAGCGGCGGGCGUACGGCGUGUGGGUGAGCGAGGUGAUGCUGCAGCAGACGCGCGUGAGCACCGUGGCGCCCUACUUCCACCGCUGGAUGGCCCGCUGGCCCUCGCUGCCCCGCCUCGCUGCCGCUUCCCUGGAGGAGGUCAACGCCGUGUGGGCUGGCCUGGGAUACUACCGCCGGGCCAAGUACCUGCUGCAGGGCGCGCAGCACAUCCAGCAGCGCCACGGGGGGCGCAUGCCGCGCACCGCCGAGGAGCUGCUGGGUGUGCCGGGCAUCGGACCCUACACCGCUGCUGCCAUCGCCUCCAUCGCCUUCAACCAGGCGGCAGCAGCGGUGGACGGCAACGUGAUGCGCAUCCUGGCGCGCCUCAGAGCCCUGCCCCUGCCGCUGCAUCAGGCCGCCUCCUCCUCGCUCUUCGCCCUCCUCGCCUCCCGCCUGCUGCACCCCUCGCGCCCAGGGGACUUCAACCAGGCGCUGAUGGACCUUGGCUCCCUCGUGUGCUCGCCCUCCUCCCCCUCCUGCUCCUCCUGCCCCCUCUCCCCCCACUGCCGCGCCCUCGCCCUGCAGCAGCAGGGAGCAGACAGGGGGGAUGGGGAGGAUGGGGGGGUGGACGGGAGAGGAGUGAGGGUGACGGACUUCCCUGUACGCAAGGCCAAGGCAGCACCGAGGGAGGAGUGGGUGGCAGUGUGUGUGGUGGAGAGGAGGGGAGUGGCGUCUGCAACGGCACCAUCGCACGCAUCGGUGGCAUCAGCUGGUGUGUCUGCCGAGAACGGCAGGCGUUCAGUCAGCAGCCGAAGCAGCAAUCAACCUAGCAUGGAGGAGCCUUCUCAGUUCCUUCUGGUGCAGCGGCCACCGCAGGGGCUGCUGGCCGGGCUGUGGGAGUUCCCCGCUCUCGUGCUGUCGACCGGCCCAGGCAGGCCUGCAGAGCCGCAACGACGACAGGCCGUGCUGCGCCUGCUCAACCAGAUGCUGCCCAAUGUGACUGUAGAGGGGUCUGGCCAGCUCAGCCUGGAUGGAAGGAUGCUGCAGGAGGGAAAGGAGGAGGGGGAGGGGAGCAAGUGGCGUGUGAUAGAGCAGCGUGAUGUGGGCCAGGCCUUGCAUGUCUUCUCCCACAUACACCAGCAUAUGUUGAUCGAGCGGAUUUUGAUCGCAGAGGGGGCUGAGGCAAGCAACUGCUGCAGGCAAGAACCGAUUACUUGGGAGUGCAGCCUGGGAGAUGCAGUGGCUAAGGCAAGAACAAGAGGCAAGCAGGUUACAAGUCAUCAGGAUGAUGGAAAUGAGAGUUGUUCACUACCAAUCCACCAGCAUUGGUGUUGGCGUGGGGAAAUGGAGAUGACGGAAGUUGGCCUUUCAAGCGGUGUUAGAAAGGUGUGGGAAAUGGUUCGAGCGCAUACACCUGGAGAAGACAUAUGAUGACUUAGCGCGGCUGCUCAGAACGGGAAGAUUCGUCUGGAAACUUACCUCAUCAUUUCGGGCAGUGAUUCAUGGCUCUUGUUUAGUCCAUGUGUGCAUUCCUCUGGAGCCACGCAAAUCUGCACCUUGGAUAUUUUUAUUGAGGGUCCUCCACAGCUCACAC